UUUUCCGUAAACGUCUUGUUUCGAGAAACUUCACCACCUUCUACACAAAUAAUUCAUUUAUUUUCGAUCUGGCGGUAACAACUCUAACAACCAUCCUACCUUCUUUCUACGACGAAAAAAGAACCAACGAAAGAUGAACUAAAAUAACUUGUCGUGUUGGCCUCAUGCUGUCAUUCCUUUGUAAUUACCCUUUUUUUACCAUUCACACUCACUCUCCGAUCAUAGAACGACACGACAAUGGCGUCAACCACAUCCAACUCCCAACAACCAAAACCGGUUCUUCCUUGGAGGGCACGCAUUUCAAUAUCUUUCCUAUGUACCCUUUCCGACGCCGCUCGUCGCUCUAACGGCACCGUUAAUCGCCUCCUCAUAAACCUACUCGACCUCAAGUCCCACCCCAACGCCGCCCCCGUUAACGGCGUUUCCUCUAAUGACGUCACCGUCGACGCCUCGCGAAACCUCUGGUGCCGCGUCUUCUCCCCCACCGUCGCCGCCGCCUCCGGCGGCGCUCUCCCGGUCGUCAUCUUCUUCCACGGCGGCGGCUUCGCGUUCCUCUCGCCGGAUUCAUUAGCCUACGACGCCGUCUGCCGGCGGUUCUGCCGGCAAAUCCCCGCCGUCGUCGUCUCCGUCAACUACCGCCUCACGCCGGAGCACCGGUACCCUUCGCAAUACGACGACGGCGAGGACAUCCUCAAAUUCCUCGACGAGAACCGCGCGGUCCUGCCGGAAAAUGCUGACUUGUCGAAAUGCUUCCUCGCCGGAGACAGCGCCGGCGCGAAUUUGGCUCACAAUGUGGCGGUUCGGGUCCCCAAGUCGGGGCUCCGGAUAAUCCGGGUCAUCGGGUUGGUUUCGAUCCAGCCAUGGUUUGGCGGGGAGGAGCGGACGGCAGCGGAGGAGAAGUUCAAGGGGGCGCCGCUGGUGUCGAUGGCCAGGACGGAUUGGCUGUGGAAGGUGUUUUUGCCAGACGGGUCGGAUCGCGACCAUGUGGCUGCGAAUGUGAGUGGACCGAAUUCGGAGGAUUUGUCGGGUUUGGAUUACCCGGAUACCCUCGUGGUUGUGGGUGGGUUUGACCCGUUGCAAGAUUGGCAAAGGAGGUAUUAUGAGUGGUUGAAAAAUUCGGGAAAAAAUGUCCAAUUGAUUGAGUAUCCCAAGAUGAUUCAUGCGUUCUAUGUGUUCGAUGAUUUGCCCGAGUCUUCUCAAUUGAUCACACAAAUCAAGGAUUUCAUAAACAAGAGAAUCUCUGAGUUGAAUUGAUUAUUGUUGUUAUGGAUUAUUAUUGGUAUAUAGUUUAGUGGUGGCUCGUGGUGAAAUGAUAAUUAAUACUAACAGGCACAUGCAAUGUUGCAACUAUGGACCAUGUUUAGGGGUCCCGGAAUGCCAAAUUUAAGAACACAGAAUUAAUAAACCAUAGUUGCAACUAUAGAUUAUUAUGGAUUUAUAGUUUGGUGGCAUGUGGUUUGUUUAUAUUUGUUUUGGCUCUAGAAUUAAUAAUAAUACAAGUUUCGUUCUGUGUA